AUGACUUUUAAUCCAAGUAUUAUUAUUUCGGAUUUUGAAGGAAGCUUAAGAGAUAUUAUUAAAACUGAAUUUCCUAAUUCAGAAGAUGUUCGACGAUACUUUCAUUUCACUCAGGCGGUAUAUCGAAAUGUUCAAACGCUUGGUUUAUGUCGUGAUUAUACUGCUGGCGAAGAAAUUCGAGAGUUAUUUGUCGAAAAUGUUUCUGAUACAUUUCCAGAUUUUGUUAUUGAAUUAUCAACAGCAAAAUAUGAUUUGCUUAAACCAUUAUUUAGUUAUUUUGAUAAUCAAUGGAUUCAAAAAUUAAAUCCUCAGCAUUGGAAUGUUUAUGAAAUGAAAAUGGGAAUAACCAAUAGUGCUGAGAAUUUAUAUUUUUCACUAAUACUGAUCCUUUUCUCGUUAUUUUUUAUCGGCUACCAUAAUCAUCUUAAUUUACGAAUAUUUAAAUAUUAUUCAAAUAUAUGA